AUUUGAUUAUGGUCGAAUUUUGAGGGACGUUUCUUCAAAAGAAAGUUUUGAAAAACGCGACUUAUUCCGAUUUUUGACGUUUUAAUGACGUUUUAAAACGUCACCGGUCUCGAAAGGGUUAAUCAAGAUUUAUUUGUUGAACAAUUAUUACUUUGUUCAAUGACUGGUUAUGAAGAAUUAUUAAGUUAUGAUUGGUUUAAUAUAAUUCUUACAUGGCAACAUCCAGAGUAUGGUUGUAUUAGUAAUGCAUCAGAAACAAAUCGAUUUUAUCGACAUACAAAACGACAUUCAUUAAGUGAACAAAUAAUGAGUAAUGGAUGUUUAUCACAUAAAAGUGGUUUAGCAGCUGGUUUAUCAGCAACUUAUUCUCGGAUUUUUUACAAUAAGAAACUAGCCGACACUCGAGUUUCACGACUGCGAAAUACGAUGCGAAGUUCCGAAUCUCAGUUUUCGAGAAAUCGAAAAUUUGUAAAAAUCAAAUAA